AUGGAUUCAAAGAAUCCAUAUAAAAUAUCUCCUUUCAGUUCACAACAAUCUGACGCUCCAACUCUACCUGAAGACACACCAGUGGAGCGUAGGGAGAGAAGGAAAUGGACCCCAGCUGAUGACGAGGGGACCUUCUGGAAACGAGUAGGAGAAUAUUAUGCAGCAAGUCCUCACGCUAGAGAGGGUGGUGAAAAGAGAGAGCAUAUCCAUUGUAAGCAGAAGUGGAACAAAAUCAAUGAUCUCACCAACAAGUUCUGUGGCGCAUUUACAGCUGCAGAGAGACAAAGUAGUAGUGGUCAGAAUGAGAAUGAUGUUCUGAAGGUGGCUCAUGAAAUCUUCUACUCUGAUUACAACAUGAAGUUUACCCUUGAGCAUGCUUGGUGUGUGUUGAGUUCAAAGAGGAAAACUGGUGAGACAGGUUCCCAAACCUCAAGCACCAAUGUUGGUGAUCAUGAGAUCCGGCCUGAAGGUAUCAAAGCUGUAAAAGCCAGAAGGAAUAAUGCGCAAGAGAAGACUCUUGAUGAGUAUAAGAGCAUUUGGGAAAUGAAAAAGGAGGAUUUAGCGAUGAAGGAGAAACUGUCCAAGCUGGCCAUACUAGACACUCUUCUUACUAAAAAAAAGCCACUAAGUGAGGCUGAAGAAGUUAAGGAACAGAUGGGACAAGAUUAUAGCUAUAGCCAGCCUUCAUGGUCAGAGGAUUAUUAUAGGAACACGACUGACAGUGGCUACAGCCAAGCAGAGGCAGAUAUUCUUGAGGACCAAGCUGAGAGUAGGUACAAUAAUCCAGAGCCGGUUCAGUACCCUCCUCAACCUGAGGUUGAGUUCGGCUUCCCGAAGACAUGCUACUGUGGUGGUGAACCUCUUCUAGCAACAUCUUACACUAGAAAUGAUCCAGGCAGAAGAUACUACACGUGUGAGAAUGUUGAUGAUGGAGAGUGA